GUCAUAGAAUUUCAGGCUCAUCCACCAAAUUCACCUCAAUUUUAUCAUUUUGAACAGUGCCUACCGAUCUUAUCAUAUUUUUACCGUGGUCCAUUUUCGUAGAUGCCAGCCCAGAUGCGGUUAGCCGCACCAUAUACUCAUGGGGGCGGGCUCUCUCUGUUGGGUGGUGUCCGUUCUGGCUUGAUGACGAAUUGUUGAUCGAUCCUCAUGCCUUCCAAACGUCAGAGUGCCUCAGCGGGCAAGGAAUGGCGGUCCAGUUCGGAUCCGGCGGCGGCUUUGGGCGGGACCUACGUCAAAAGAGACACGCCUCUCAACUUGCCCAGUAGCGACACGUAUUUGGGACAGAAUCAGUUCGCGCGCCGGGAUCCCAAUGGACCGUCCGAUCGAGGACCGAAUCGCCCGCGCUCCGAAUCUGGCAACUCUUCUCCCAUGGGCGUCUUUCAGCGAUCUCGAGGCUUGGCCGCCGGCAUGUCGCUCUAUCGACCAGGGGCCCGGGAAAUCCUCAGUCAAAAGCCGCCCAAACCAGAGCCAGUCCGCAGGUACAGUCAUCACGGCGUGGAUGUCCGGGGUCUGAUGAACUCCUCCCUCGACCAUUCGGGCAUGGUCAUGCCCGUGGGCUCGCAUACCGCUCUAUUUCCAGCCCCGGAUGACAGGUCGGGCACGCUUGGCGGCCUUAUGGAGGACUUCCAUCAGGCCUCCCCGAACGUGUCGGGCCUCGUGUGUCCCUCCAAUAUUGUGCUCGUGUCUCCGUCACCAUACCAAAACGUGGGGUCGUUUCAGUCGCCGGAUUCCCACGGGAGCUUCGGGACCCGGUCUCCCCUGAUUAGUCGUCAGAACCUGCCUCAGCAUUUAGCCACGGCCAGUCCUUUGUCACAUAGCUUCUCCCAGCCGUACUUGGCCGCAUCCUUGACCCCAUCGGCCAGCAUGGAUAAGUUGUCCAAUUCAAUGUCACAGUUGAACAAUGGACCCAUGCCGGUAUCGCAAGUGAGUGUUGUGGCCUCGGUGCCCAAUCCGAUGUUGUCUUUCCAUAAGCAGGUGACUCAAUCGGCGCAUGACAAAGUCCUCUUGAGCCAAUCACUCCUCGACCAGGAAUCUCAGGAUACCUUGGGUCCGAUGGGUGGCCUGCAACUUCAGGUUGUGCGUCCUUCCUCGGGAUUUUUGGAUUUCGUGUCACCCUCACCAGGGCAUUUUGUUCCGUCCGUGUCCGCCAACUCUACUGUCCGACUUCAUUCAGGAGCCAAUGGACCCGCCGUGACCUCGGGCUCGGGAUUUUCCAAAGGUGGAUCUCUCUCACCGUCUGUUCUUCGUCAUUCAACCCAUCCAAAUUCGUCUUUGGCCCAAGGCCCUGCCGCAGCUGGGGCUCAAUAUAAUCCCCGCGAUCCCUUGGCGGGUCUGUAUAGUCCUAAAGCCACGCACAGUCCCUUGGAUUACCGGGUUAGCAAGGACUUCACGACCAAGCCCACUGCUACCUUUAACCCUCCAUCAGGAUUCGCCACGGAGCUCGUUCCUGCUACUCUGGCUCUCUCCGACCGCCAAUCGUCGGCCUCGGUUCAAAGCCUUCAGCCGACCAAGGACAUAGUGGUCUCUAGAGAUCUGGAUUCUACUUUGCCCAUGGGAUGGUCCGUGGGGUUCACCAAACGGGGUCGAAAAUACUUUAUCGAUCACAAUACCAAGACGACCCAUUGGUCGCAUCCGCUUGAGAAAGAAGGGCUACCAACCGGUUGGGAGCGUAUAGAGUCUCCUGAAUUCGGUGUCUACUAUGUCAAUCACAUUUGUCGCCAGGCGCAAUACGAGCAUCCUUGUGCCUCUCAAUAUCUGUGUCCCACCAAUCCCAGGCCAGCAAUCAAUCAUCAGCUCCAAGUCCCAAUCCACACCCACUUCCAUCCACCUCACGUGCUUGUUCCACCCAACCCUUACAUUCACGAGGAGAUCCCCAUUUGGCUUCGCGUAUAUUUUAAGGCCAGCCCAACCUUGGACCACCAUUUGAAGUGGCCCAUGUUUGAGCUGCACGAGCUUGAGUGCUUCGAGGCCAUGCUGAACCGUCUCUUCAGAGAUGAGCUUGAAGAGUUAGUGAUGCGUUAUGAAGCCAUGCGAACCACCAUCACCAUGGAAUUGGAGAGUGAGGCCCGAUUUCGGCGAAGCUCUAUAGCCAGUGGAGUCAUCACGGAACUCCCGCCGGACAACGUCCUCACACGCACUGCAGAUGCUGUCGAGGAACAGACCGAAAUCGAGGAGGAGGAUCUCUUUCUCACGGAGUCAUUUGCCCAUCCCAUUCACACGGCCCAUGCCUCUCCAGUGGUUUACGCUUGCGCCUUGGCCGGAACUGAAGAGGGAUCUUGAUUUGACUGUAAGAGGUCCCCAAUCAAUCACCAAUAUCAUCUCUUCCGCCACUUCAUUUGUGCCUUUUCUAUCCUGUGAUAAUCGAAUGACCUUUAUCAGGCAUGAGAAUGGACCCGCGCGCCAACGUCCAAGUCGGAUCGAUUCCGCCAGACCAUCAUUUAAGACAAAUUCAACCAAAGCUAGCAAUACCCCCGCCUAUCUACCAAGCUACCAUGUACUAUUAUACACAUGCCACGUAUCUAUUUGUCAAUUUUGUUCCAACAACUUCUAUCGUACGGUGAACUAUAUCCAAAACGAUCUUA